CUCGUCCUAAUCCUGGCGUAAAACAUCGAUUCACAAAAAUUUUGCAUAUCUAGAACUGCUGAUUUAUUAUUAAUAUGCUGUUUCCUAGACUUUAUCAGCUUUUGAACAAAGACGGUAAGGUUCAUUGGAGCGAUUGAUGUCCCAGACGAAGUUAUAGAGCAAUAGGUAAGCGAAAAUAUAGACUACAAAACACAGAAAACCCAUUAUUGUUUUUUGCAAUGAUUUUGUGGUUUUAUUGAAACGGAAUACUGCUUGAAUAUGAAAACAUUUAAAAUGCAUGUGAACCAAUAGACGCACAACAAACGCACAGCGAUCGAAAUGCAGAAGAGCAGUCACAUGUCAGGCCGUUCAAGGUCGUGGAGGCGAAUUGGCGCGAGUCUCCCAAUCUUAGAAGCUUUAACUCAAAUGAGCCAGAGUAUAACUGUUCCUGUGACUUUUAUACGUUCAUUCAAGUACCGUACAACGUGUUAUUUGCCUUUGUCGAACAUUCCUCAGUCGGCGACUGUAAAAGACCUGUUCGAUCGCAUACAUCAUGAAGUAAAAAUCUCUUCGGUUAUACCUUCUCCUUUCAAGAACCUUUGUUACGAUGCGCUGAAAGUUCGCCACAAAGCUUUUAACACAAAGUCUGGAGAACUGUUAAUUGAUUUAGAAGGUGAUCCUAUUCCGAGCAAUUCGGACUUAACUCUAGAAUCUCUUGGAAUAGUGAAUGAAACUGAAGUGGCAGUGUUCAAAAUGAGCGAUUUUCUGGCUCAACGUGAUAAUCCAGAAUUUCUGUGGUGAGAAGCGAUAAUGUCACUAUGAAGCAACUAUUUUGUGUCUGGUACUGUUACUCCUGAAGAUCUACUUUUGAUUAUGAAGAUGAUAUCUAGUGGUUACGUGCUCUUAUGCUACAAAGUGAGAAUGAUAUCUUAACAGAUUAAUUUCAGGAUAUCUUUUUCAGUAUCAUAAAAAGCACAAUACCGAUGAUACACUAGAAUAUUGGGAGAAGUUUAUGGAAUAUAUCGGUGGGUUAGAUCUUCAUUGUUUGCUAGUCGGAAGUCCUUGUGGUGAUUACUCAAUUAUCUUAAAAU